AGGCGCAAGAGGCGUUUCUGGGCCCGGGAUUGGCUGUUCCUGUGGCAACAGAGAGGCUUGGGGAGGGGGGCAAGGGAGCCCGCCUCUCUUCUAUUGUGUGGCAAGUUCUGCUUGCCAAAAGCUGGUCUGGGCGAGUUCGGAGGAGGAGGAGGAGGGGUUGCGCUCAGAGUGCUUCUUCCCCGCGCAGGCGGCUCAUUGCGCGCACCUGGUUAUUUUGCGCGUUAGGGAGGAGGAGGAAGAACCCAAUUUCUUGCAAGGGGGAAAAAUGUAAGCGACCAUCAAGAGUGCUAAAACAGUGACUUGAGGGGUUUUGGAUUGCAAAAAAAAGAGAAAAAAGAGGGGAUCAAAGCAAGUAAACGGACUCCUUCUCUCUCCAAGCGCGGGUCCGCCGUGCGCUCCUUGCGCCAAACAGCCGUGCCGGGCUGGCCGGGCGCUCGCGGAUGGAGCCGGCUGCGGGAGCUCAGAGGCCGGCCCGGACAGAGGCGCCCUUCCUGGCGGGGGUCAUCGCAAGGCGGCAUCAGGACGCAGGCUUUGGCCUCUGCUGAGGCACAGCGGCUCCCUCUCUCAUUCCAGCCCCAGAGACGGUUUUUCCUUGCCAGAGCAGUGGACGUUGGCGCUCCUCAAAACGGCUCGGUGGGGAUGAGAAGCCGGUUCUGGGUUCAAAGACGCCGUUGUCAGGUUCCCUGAGGAUCGUUGGAUGGUGUCUCCUGAAGUGCAGGCGGCCCAGGACACGGGGGUGGCUUGACGCUUUCUUCCCUUCUCCCACCUCCUUCUGCAAAGGGCCAGCUUGGGCGUUUUGACGAGAGGGCAGUUCUGGCGGUGCCGCGAGGAGUCUGGCGGAGGCAGCUGUGCUAUGAAUUGGUGUUUAUGGAUUGUCCACCUCUCCCUGGUCUGCAGCAGCUUCGCUGAGGCAGGUACCCGUGAAGCAGAACCCUGCGCUGUGACUGGCCGGAAGGGAGAGAGUGCCAUUUUGAGCUGUGACCUUCUCAAGCCAGACGAAGUGAAUCCCCCCCUCUACGUCAUCGAAUGGGUACGUUUUGGCUUCCUCCUCCCCAUCUUCAUCAAAUUCGGCUUCUACUCCCCACGCGUGGAUCCGGAAUACGUAGGUCGCGUGCGGAUCCAAGAGGGCGCCUCUCUCCACAUUGAGCAGCUGCGUCCUGAGGACCAGGGCUGGUAUGAAUGCCGGGUGCUCUUUCUCGACCGACCCAACAGCGACGACGAGUUCCAGAAUGGCACCUGGAUCCACCUCACUGUCAACUUUCCCCCCAUCUUUGAGGAGACCCCGCCAGCUUUUGUAGAGAUGCAGGACCAGAAGCCUCUCACCCUCACCUGCUCUGCAGCCGGCAACCCCCAGCCUGUGGUCACUUGGAAGCGGGACAACCGAGCCAUAGAAAGUGGAGACAAGGUGCAGGUGAAGAAUGGGACCAUCACCUUUGUCAGCGUGGAGCGAGCCAGUGCAGGGUCCUACACCUGCCACGCCGCCAGUGAAGAGGGCACCGUCGCCCAUACCACCCGCCUGCUGGUGCAAGGGCCACCGGUGAUCGUGGUGCCCCCACAGAACGUCACGGUCAACCUCACCCAAGAUGCCUUCAUGGCCUGCCAAGCUGAGGCCUACCCUGCCAACCUCACGUACAGCUGGUUCCUGGGAAACACAAAUGUUUUUCACCUCAGCCAUCUCCAGUCCCGAAUUCGCAUCUUGGUAGACGGAAGCCUCUUGGUCCCAAAAACUACCCCGGAGGAUUCAGGGCGAUACACCUGUGUUCCCAGCAAUGGGCUAAAGAGACCACCUUCUGCCUCUGCCUUCCUCACAGUUCUGUAUCCAGCACGAGUAAGCGACAUGCCCCCCGAGACUCUCCUGCCGGUAGGAAUGCAAGGCACAAUCAGGUGCCCCAACAAGGCCAACCCUCCGCUGCUCUUCACCAACUGGACCAAAGAUGGGCAACCGUUGGACUUAGGCAAGUUCCCAGGCUGGUCCACGAGUCCUGACGGCGCCAUUGUUAUUGCCACAAGCAAUGACAAUGCUGUGGGUGUGUACACGUGCACCCCAUACAACAGCUACGGGACUGCUGGCACCUCGGCACCCACUCGGGUUCUCUUGAAGGAUCCUCCUGUGUUCACCCUGCGCCCCAAGGAGGAAUAUUUCCAGGAGGUGGGACGGGAGCUACUCAUCCCGUGUGCUGCCAGAGGGGACCCCCUGCCCAUCAUCUCUUGGACAAAGAUGGGCAGCAAGGGCUUAGCCAAUGCCCAGGUGGAUAGGAACAACAGCCUGGUCCUGCGCCCGCUGACCAAGGAGCAGCAUGGUUUAUGGGAAUGUGCCGCCAACAAUGGUGUGGCCCGGAUCAGCGCUGCAACCAGUGUCUACGUAUUGAGCACCAGCCCACACACAGUGGCCAAUGUCUCGGUACUGCCUCUCCAGCAGGCCGUCAACAUCACCUGGGAGCCUGGCUUCGACGGGGGCUACUUCCAGAGAUUCAGCAUCUGGUACACGCCGCUGUUGAAACGCCGCAAUCGCCCUCACCACGACUGGGUUUCCCUGCCUGUGCCUGUCGGGGCCUCCCAUAUCCUCGUGGAGAAUCUGCAGCCUGACACGGGCUACCAGUUCAGUGUUUUGGCCCAGAACAAACUGGGCAGCGGCCCCUUCAGUGAGAUCAUCACCACUGUGCCACUAGGUAUCCCAACAAACACUGUGCCACCCGACCCCCUGAGCCCCACCUCCCAGAUCUUUCUCUCCCCACCCCAAUCGCUGAUGGCCAACGAGACCACGCGAGGGGUUCUCCUCCUGUGGGAACCCCCGUUCCAGUUCUCUGUGGCUCUCACUGGUUACGCCCUGGAACUACGGCAAGACCAGCGGGGCUGGGAGGUGCUCGAUGGAUCCAUUCCCAGCUCUGAGACGCAGCUCCUGGUGCCUGGACUAAUCAAGGAUGCCUUCUACGAGUUUCGCCUGGUGGCCUUUGCCGGCAGCUACAUCAGUGACCCCAGCAACACCAUCAAUGUUUCCACGACAGGUAUGGAGGUGUAUCCCUCUCGCACCCAGCUCCCGGAGCUCCUGCCCCAGCCAGUGCUGGCCGGCGUGAUCGGGGGCGUCUGCUUUCUCAGCACAGCUGUCAUCUUCAGCACAAUGGCAGCUUGCAUCAUGAACCGCAGGCGAGCCGCCCGUCUCUGCAAACGCAGGCAAGAUCCACCGCUCGUCUUCUCCCCCAGCAAGAAGCUUCUGCCUCCACAAAAUUCUGCAGGCACUGCUAGCCCAGACAGCGUUGUGAAGCUGAAAUUCCAGACCUCCCCGUAUCAGAGCCUCCGCCGCACCCUGGUGUGGGGGGAGAAAGCUGGCGCCAGUCUAGGCCUCAACAUCACCAGCAGCAAUGCGAGAAACAGUUCCAAAUACACGCUCUACGAGAGCCAUGUCGGAGAGCCGCUCCCUCUGGAGCGCAUCUGCCGCGGGCCUGACGGUCGCUUUGUGGUGCAGAGCGAGGCGCAGCCUCAGGAGUGCAUGGCGGCCAUGAUCGAACGCUAUUCCUUGUCCCUCGCUUCUUCAGCGAGCAGCGUGGGCCAGUCCGAGCCUUACCUGCAGGUCUCCAACCCCCUGAGGCCUGAGGAGCCUGUCUGGCAGAAAAGCGUCCCCCUGAGGCCCAAGAGCUCAAGCCGGACCCGCCGCGAAGCCAAGGCCUCUGGUUACUGCCAAGGCCACUACUUUGACUACAGCAGCAGCAGCCCGACCGAGGAAGCCGAGCCCUUGCGUAUUGUGAAUAUCAGCCCGGUGGCAACCAUGAUGUAUGGGGCUACCAAGCUGUGGGCCCAGACCACCCAGGGCCCGGAGGGGCAUCUGGACACCCCCGCGGCUUCCACUCCUUCCUCACCACCGAGCCGGCUGGGCAGUGCUUCCUUGCCAACGUGCUGCCAGCCUCUGAGCGGCCAAGUCCAAGCGAAUGCCUCAGCCCAGAGUGGGAUUCUCCAGUACUUGAGCCUCCCCUUUUUCAAGGAGAUGAAUGUGGAUGGCGACUGGCCGCCGGAGGAGGAGGAGGAGGAAGGGGAGCAACCUUCCAAGCCAGCCCUCAGCGAGGCUCCAAGCAGCACUGAACUCAUUCUGUUGGGAGUCGAGCAGAAAACCGCUUGUCAGACUUACAUGGACAUGCAAGCCAAUCCAGACCCUGCUCAGGUUCAGGCCUUGGCCAAGUCUCUCCUCAGGCUCCCUGACGCCAACACAGGCCCGGCUAAGGCCGCCUUUCCCGGAACCUCAGUUUGCCCAAGUGACCUCAGUUCUUGUUUGGAAACGCCCCCGCCCAAGGAACCAGGGCCUUGGUUAGAGACACUGCCCCCCGCCAAGCCCCUCACGGAAAGCAAACAGACUGAGCUGGUCUACACAGCCGUCCCCUCGGAGCCUGACUGGCUCCACAUGGCAGAGGGGCUCCUGGAGUCUCUGCCCCUCGAGAGACACAAGUCACCCGCUGCCGUUCUCCCGCAAGGGCCGCCCGCCGAGAAGCUGCUGAGGGGCAGCCUGACAAGCCAGAGCAGCGGCCGAGGCAGCGUGUCCUUCCUGAGACCCCCCUCAUUGGCACCGUCACUGGCGGGUAGCUACCUCAGUUCUCCCUUUGCAGAGAUGACCAGUUGUGCAGGAGAAGAGUACAAGCUGAAAAAGGACCCUUCGGUUGUCACCGCUGGUAAAAGGAGGAACACUUCCGUGGACGAAAACUAUGAAUGGGACUCCGAGUUCGCCCUGGAGUCAGACCUGCUGGAUGCACUGCAGCUGUGUCGGAGCGGGAACCCCAGAAGGCCCGUCUCCACAAUUGCGGCACAUGAGUUGGAGAAGCUAAGUUCAAAGAACUCCAGCGCAAGCAGCGGUUCGCCCUCAAACUCCCAGUCCGUGGGUGCCUUAGACGGGUCCAGCUCCCCGGUGCCCUUGCCUAGCCCCGAGGAGCGCUGUGCUGCCCUGCGCGAAGAAUUCCUGGCUUACCGCCGGCGCCGAGAGGCUACUCAGCAGCGCCACCAGAAGCUGGGCUCUGGUAGGAAGCAGGGGGACGAGCGAUUCGAGCAGGCCACCUUGUUGUGAGGGAUGGAUUCCUGACAGCCCAACCUGGCCUCGUUGCCUCCCUGUCCCCCUCUCGGGUUGGUGUGUCCCUUUUGACCACCCUCUUGUGAAGAGAUGGUGCCCUCUAGAGCUCCACAAGUGAACUGCGCCCUGCGUGGAACAUCCAUCAGCUCCAAAGACAUUGGCAGCAGCCUCGGGGCUUAUAUGUGGAGGGAAAUAUCCCUGGUGCUUUUUUUAUUCUGCCGGGAGAAGAUAUGUUUAAACUACUGGUGUUGGAUUUAUUUUAAGCCUGAUGUUGGAUUGGGUGGGUGGCGGGUACUGUUUUGUAAAACUGAACUUUUAA